GGAGCAUUUGAAGAGCUUGUGGAACGUUACCAGAUCCCUCAUAUUCGCAUUUCUCCCUACAAUUCCAAGGCAAAUGGUGUUGUUGAGCGUGGACACUUCGUCAUAAGAGAAGCACUUGUCAAGUCCUGUGAAGGGAAUGUCGAUUUAUGGCCAACCAAGGUCCAUCAUGCCUUCUUUGCAGACAAGGUCACUACUCGUCGUUCUACUGGAUUCAGCCCUUUUUAUCUGUUGCACGGAGUUGACCCAGUCCUACCAUUUGAUCUGACAGAAGCGACUUUCCUUGUUCAUGGAUUCCACACUGCAAUGUCAACAGAAGACCUCAUUUCUCUGCGCAUUCGUCAACUAGAAAAGAGACAGAAUGAUUUGCAACAAGCUGCACUCACUAUACGCAAAACUCGUCUCAGAUCUAAAGCGCAGUUUGAGAAACUCUAUGCACGAAGGAUGUUCAAGAAUGAAUACCAGCCUGGAGAGCUUGUUCUAGUGCGGAAUACUCAGGUUGAGAAAGAGCUGGAUCGUAAAGCAAAGCCUCGUUACAAUGGCCCUUAUGAAGUUGUGCGACGUACUAAAGGAGGAUCAUAUGUUCUAAAAGAAAUGGAUGGAUCAGUAUCACGAAGAGGAAUUGCAGCAUUUCGCCUACUUCCCUAUUUCAACCGC